GCACUGAGAGGGUCCUGAUCUGAGGGGCUGAUAGGUCUGAACUCAGCAGCCGGUGUGCUUGAGAUAAUGCCAUCCUCUCCUCUGUAGACUAGAACCAACUUAAACCAUUCUUGACGAGCGUUUCACAAGAUUCACAACGAGCUGGCACAGCACAAGAAGAAAGAAAUUCAAACACUUUUGGAACAACUGGAGGAAGACAUAAUUAAAACCGCACUACAUCCAUGGAUGAAAACAAGCCUCCUCGUAUGUAUUUUAUCGGCAAGAAAGAAGAUCUCGUUCAGGCCAACAGAAUGAAUGUGACUCUAGAUGGAAGAGACAUUCUUAUUAUAUAUCAUCAGAGAACUUUCUAUGCAAUGGACCUGCAGUGUUACCAUGCUGGCAGUAGUUUAGAGCCCGGCGAUAUUGAGGAAAUCAACAACAAGCUCUGUAUUGUGUGCCCAAAGCACAAGUAUAAGAUCACUCUGGCUGAAGGUGAGGGGUUAUACAAGGCCAGCAACCCCACAGAAAAAGUCCCUACUCCACGGUGGUAUUCCAAAGGCAUAAAGCAGAGAGUGCACAAAGUGACAGAAGUAGACGAAGACAUCUUUGUGACGUUGUCCAGCUGCCCCGGGUGGAUUGAGUCAGACUAUUAUCAGACUGAGAAGGGCAGGGCAGAACUGAGAAAAGCACAGGAGUCAGAGAAUGGAGAAGCAGACGUGAAUGCAGAUGAAGACGUUUAGUCAGGCAGCAACAGUGAGACGAGAGCUUCAGGGAUCCUAAGGGAACUGCAUAUAUUAAGAUUGAUGAUUUCAGAGUCAGUCGGCAUGAAUAAACCUGCGAUUUGACAUCAUUUAUCAAAAUAAUAUCAUAACCCUUUUUUGUGACAGUGCCAGGAUCUUUAUACAUCUCAAUGAUUCACAGUGAUGCCUCUCUUUAAGCUCAACUUGUUAGGUUUUGCAAAAAAAAAAAUCCUAAUAUCUGAAAAAAUCUUAGAAAUGUGCAUUCUUAAAAAAAGGAUACAUUUUAGAAA